UAUAUUGACUUAUUGUGAAGGUUUUAUUUUUCCCACCAUUUCUCCAAGUCAUGGCAGAAGAGACGAAAGGGAUAACCUCCGAGAUCGGAUCACAUCAGGAGGAUCAUGUUUUUCGUAUAGACAAAGGGUUGCAAAAACACGAGAAGCUCAAGAUACCUUUACAUGCAUAUUGGAGAGUACGUCGUCCAGCAACUUACAGCAUCACGUUCGACACUUAUGCCAAAAUGGAGGAGCUGGUCAAGGAUGGAUAUUACGAGUCCCUUCCUUUCAUUUCCGGUGGAUAUACUUGGACGUACAAAAUCUACCCAAACGGAAACAAGGGGGACGGCGCAGUGCCAGGAUGGGUUUCGGUUUACACAAAGAUCGAUACCUCAAUCUUCGUCACAAACCCACAAGAUGUGUAUGCGGAUAUCAAGUUCUUCGUCUUCGACGGUUUCAAUAAAAUCUAUUAUACACACCAAGAAAGUGAGCCAGUAAGGUUUGAUAAUGAAAAUUCGGAGUGGGGAGUGGCGAAUUUUCUGAUCAAGACAUGUUUCGUCGAGGGAUCGUCGGUAUUUAUAUACGACGGAGGGAAAUGUAAGUUUGGAAUAGAUAUCUUCGUUGAUCAAAGCUACCAGAGGGAAGUUUUCUCUUAUGAUGAAAACGUCACCAACCCCAUUUUCACUUGGAACCUCUCCAAUUUCUCUACCCUCUAUAAUUACUCUUACACAUCCAAUACGUUUUCUUCUGGAGACAGAAACUGGGUUUUGAAAGUGUAUCGAAAUGGAUAUGGUGUUGGAAAGGAUAACUAUUUGUCACUCUUCCUGUUGAGUGAGAAUAAUGAAAUCAAUUACGUUAAAGCCACGCUACGAGUUCUAAACCAAAUUACAUCCCGCAAUGUGGUGAAGCAAGGCUCAAACCGGAGAUCUCUUGAACCUGCUCGAGACGUUUUAUCAUUAGUGGAUCGCCGGAGCCAUGUGAUGCGAGACCCGUAG